AUGCGGCUGCUCUGUGGGUUGGCACCGCUAACAAACCCCCCAUACUACACCGUCCGUUCCCCGUCUAUUCCCCUCUCAGUCCCCUCCCAUACGAUUACCAUUCCCUCACCAUUCCCAUCCCAUUCGUUUCCUAUUCCCCGUCCGAUCCCCGAUUCCUUCGUUCCCCUCCCGUUUCUCUCCCAUCCUCCUCCCAUCCUCCUCCCAUCCUCCUCCCAUCUUUCUCUCAUUGGCCUCCCAUUCCCCUUCCGUUCUCCCUCCUGUCCCAUCCCACUCACCAUGCCUCUCCCAUUUCCCUCCCGUUUCGUUCCCGUUUCCAUCCUAUUUCCCUCUCCAUUCGCGCCGAUUCCCCACCAUUGCCGCCUUGCGCCGGUUCUCCUUACGGUUUCCUCCCAUUCUCUCUUUCCUCCCAUUCAUCUCCCAUUCCCCUCCCCAUUCCGCUCCCAUUCCGUCCCAUCUAACCUCCCUACUCAACCCCCAUCUGACCCAAAUCUCACCCCCCCAUCUCACCCAAAUCUCACCCCCCAUCUGACCCAAAUCUCACCCGCCAUCUCAUCCCCCAUCUCACUCCCCAUCUCACCCCCUUCUCACCCAAAUCUCACCCCCCAUUUCAACCCCCAUCCCACCGCCCAUCUCACCCAAAUCUCAUCCCCCAUUUCAACCCCCAUCCCACCGCCCAUCUCACCCAAGUCUCAUCCCCCAUUUCAACCCCCAUCUCACCGCCCAUCUCACCCGCCACAACCCGUGCAUGGCAGGACGCACACGAGUACCCAUGCUGCGGGGGGCGCAUGUGCUGUCGCAAGGGGGCGUGUUACGAGCGCAAGAGAGGGCAGUGGGACUGCUGCCCGCUGGGGAAGAAGGCCUGCCAGGGUGGCCGGCGAUGCUGCUGGAAUAGCUGAGAUUCGAGCAGUGAAAGCCGUUAGCUUCUACCUACUAGGCAGAGUGAUGGGAUCGUGUAGAAAGCAGAAUGGUAGAAGCCCCGCAUCUACUGCAGCGGCGCCUGCUGCAUCGACACACACGAGUACUCGUGCUGCGGGGGCAUCAUGUGCUGCAAGGUGGGUGCGUGCUUCCGCAACGUCACGACGCGCACGUGGGGCUGCUGUCCCAUCGGCUUCAAGGCGUGUGGCGGACCCAAACCCGGCAGCAGGUGUUGCCGGCUGUGAGCAAGAAGGGCCCGUUGUUUUCCAGAGCGACGCCACGUCGCACGGAGGCAGUCUAUCCGCAGCAGCCAUGGACGCAGCGACCGUACCGCGGGAUGCGGUCGACGUGGAAGAGCCACUUGAUUUGGAACUAGUAGAAGGCGCGCUCCUGCUGGGCAAGGAUUCAAUUAACGAUUUGCCCGACGACGUGCUUUCCGCAAUUCUCACACGCGCCUCUGGCGGUGAGACUUUGCACCACGCGCUCGUGUGCCGCCGCUGGCUGCGCCUGGCGCAACUCUCGCAGCAGGCCGUCCUCGUCAGCGCCCCGCGCCACCUCCACGCGGGCGAGCUGCUGCGCGGCUUGGCGCGCUUCCCCAACGUGAACUCGCUCACGCUAGGCGACAAGAGCGUCGAUCUUUUCAACGACCCGUUUCUGCGCGCGCUGCCCUCCGCGUGCCCGCAGCUCUCCCGCCUGCGCCUGGACGAGCCGCAGUACACCGGCGCGCCGCACUUCCGCAUCACGCUCACCUGCCUUGGCCGCUUCCUCCGCAGCGCGUCGCGCCUCGAGGAGCUCACCUUGAAGCACAGCCUCGGCCACAUCACGAAGCUUCCUUCCUCGCUCGCGUCGCUCUCGUCGCUGCGCGUGCUCAAGCUCUGUCUGAAGCGCCUCCGCGUUCUGCCCGACGAGCUCGGCGCGCUGCGCGCUCUGGAGGAGCUCUCCGUCGUCUGCCCCAAACUCACGAGCCUCCCCGCGUCCGUCGGGCAGCUCCCGCGGCUGUCCCGCCUCUGUCUGUCGAACUGCCGCGAGAUGAGCCAGCUCCCCGCGCAGCUCGGCGCGCUAAGCGCGCUGACGGCGCUGGAAAUUCACGGGUGGUACCGCCUGGGGGGCAUUCCGGAGAGCAUCGGCGCGCUCAAGGAGUUGCGCCGCCUGCACUUGCGCAACAUCUCGUGCGCGCUGCCGAACGUGGGGGCGGAGUGGCGCAAGCUGGAGGAGCUGCGCCUGGAGGACGUCCACACGGACCACCUUCCGCCCAUCUCGCUCGCGUCUCUCGCGCUCCUCACCAUCCGCCAGUGCCGCAGCCUCCGCGCCCUCCCCGACGAUAUCGGCGCGGCGCCAGCCCUCCGCGAGCUUGAGAUCGUCGAGGCGCCGCUCACCGCGCUUCCCGCGUCAAUCGGGAUGCUGACGUCACUGGAGCGGCUGGUGCUGGCGCCGUACGGGUCGCUGAGCGCGCUGCCGCGCUCGCUGCUGGCGCUGCCGCGACUUGCGCACGUGGUGCUGAAGAACGUGUCGAGUCUUGAUUCGCUGAUGGGGGAUUGGGCGGAGGCGGAGGCGGAGGCGGGCGAGGAGGAAGAAGAUGCGGAAGCACGGGACGCGGGCGGCGCGGCUGACCGCGAACCCGACGGGGCUGCAAGCACCGCUGAGGCCACUGCUACUGCCGUGCAGCCCGCCCCUCCCCCGCCUCCGCUGGCCCCCGCGCUGCGCCACCUGGAGCUGCACAUGGCGUUCCGCGCGCCGCUCGGCCGACUGCGCCGCCUGCCGACCGCGCUGUGGGCGCUGCCGGCGCUGACGCACCUCGGGCUGCAUGGCUUCACGCAGCUCGUCGCGCUCCCCGCGCGCGUCUCGCGCCUCACGUCGCUGCAGUCGCUCACGCUCCAAUCCUGCUCGCGCCUCACCCACCUCCCCCCCGCGCUCGCCGCGCUCGCGCCGUUCCUGCGCGCGCUCACGCUGUCGGACCUCUCCGCGCUCUACUCCUUCCCCCCCGUCGUCUGCCGCCUCACCGCUCUCACGUCGCUCUCGCUCGUCCGCCUGAUGCACAUCGAGCGCCUCCCCCCCGCGCUCUCCGCGCUCUCCGCCCUCCGCGCGCUCAAAGUCUCUAUCGCGUCCGAGCUCUCCUCGAUUCCCGGAUCGCUCGGCCAGCUGGCGGCGCUCGAGUCGUUCGAGCUGGAGGACUGCCCCGCGCUGCGGAGCCUGCCCGCGUCGCUCGGCCGCCUUACGACGCUGCAGACGCUGGUCGUGCUGCGGUGUACCGCGCUCACCGCCAUUCCCGCCGGCAUAAGCGGGCUCGGCGCGCUGACGCACCUCAGCAUGACCUCGUGCGGCGCGCUCACCGCUCUGCCGAAUUCCAUCGGCCAGCUGGGUGCGUUAAAGGAGCUGACUAUAACGAACGUGCCAAUUGCGGCGCUCCCGGACACACUGGGCGGGCUGACGUGUCUGGAGGAGCUCCGCGUCUCGGACUGCCUCUCCCUCGCCGCGCUCCCCGCGUCCCUCUGCGCCCUCCCGCACCUCCACACGCUCUCCCUCACCGCGUGCCCCGCACUGCGCGCCCUCCCGGACAAACUCGGCCAGCUGCGCGCGCUCAAGCGCCUCGCCCUCGAGCGCUGCUCCGCGCUCGCCCGCCUCCCCGCGUCCCUCGCACAUCUUCCCGCGCUCGAGUCGCUCGACGUCACCAGCUGCGACCUCCUCACGCACCUCCCCGACGACUUCGCGCCGCUGCCGCGCCUCGCGCGCCUCGCGAUCAACCACUGCCGCACCUUCGCGCGCCUCCCCGCGUCGCUCCCCCGCCUGCCCGCGCUCCGCGUCCUCUCGCUCUCGUACUGCCCAUCGCUCGCCGCGCUCCCCCCUGACCUCGGGUCCGUCCGCGCGCUGCACUCCCUGCACCUGCGCGAGUGCUCCGCGCUGGCGGAGCUGCCCGCAGGGCUGGCGCGCGCGGAGGGGCUGCGCCACCUGGACGUGUGGGGGUGCGCGGCGGUGGGGGACGACGCGGAGGUGGGCGUGUGCGGGCUCAGCGUGCACGUGGUGCGGGGGAGGCGCGGAGGGGGCGAGUUCGUGGGGGUGAAGCCCAGGAAGAGGCGCGCGGGGCGGGCGCGGGGGGGAGGAGCGGGGGGAGCGGGGGUUCAGGCGGGAACGGAAGCAGGCGGAGGAGGGGCAGAAGGAGGAGAGGCGGCUGGGGGGGGUGCGAGUGGGGCAGACAGGGGCAGUGCGGAGACUGGGGGAUUGGAGGGCGCAGCAGCAAGAGAGGGAGGGGAGGCGGGAGGAGAAGUGGAGGGGGAAGGGGAAGGCGGGAUGGAGGCAGAGGGCGAGAGGGCAGGUGGGGAGGAUGGCUUGGGGUCACUGGGGCAGGCACAGGGGGAGGGGGAGGGGGAGGGAGCAGGGGAAGGAGAGAAUGAGGGGGAGGUGGAGAGUGGGGGAGAGGAGGGCGAGAGUGCGGUGAGGGAGGAGGGCGGGCAGCAAGGGGAGGAGGGAGAGGAUGGGGAGCAGCGCAGGGGCUUGGUGGAGCGUGCUGCAGCGGCGAGCUGGCAUGGCCAUGGCAGCGCGGGCAGCAGCUUGGGAAGCAGCAGCCAUGGCAGGGAGGGGGGCACAGGGAUGGGCAGAGGGAGGGGUGCAAAAGGGGAAGGGGGGAGAAGGGAGGGCAGGGGGGGUGGUGGCAAGCGAGGGCGGGAGGGGGAGGGUGGGAGGAUGGAGGGGAAGAAGCGGGGGAGAAAGGAGGCGCGGGCCAAGGCAUGGCGGUGCAAGCGCGCUGCUAACUGCUGCUGA